ACUUGACCAUUCUUUCUGUAAAUCUUGUUUUUUUAUUCAAACUACAACUUUCAUAAAUUCAUGGAAUAUUCUUUUGAUUAAACUAAUAAUAUUUUCGGACGCUUCCAAAUCCGAGUCGCUGCUUCUUCUGCGUUUCUAAAUUCAACUUUUCAGGAAACGCGAUUCCAUCGCGAUUCUGGACGUUUCCGGUUCCGCUCCCGAUUCUGAAGCGAGGAUCGAUGCUUGAGCCACGCUUCCGUGCAACUUUGCAUGGUGUGUUGUCUCUUUAUCUUUGUGAUGUCACCAGUGGUAAACCAAAAUAUUUUUUACUGGAGUAAAAAUAUUAAAUUAAAUUAAAGAUACUAAUCUUAUCAAUAAACACAAGUAAAGUACGUACUAGAUUAGUACAAGUGUUUAUAUGAAUAUUUUGAGAUUUUAAAUUGUGAGAUGAGUUUCUCUAAUCCAUUUACAUGUGUAUGUCAUCACCCUCUCACGAUAAAGAACAAACUCCAACUAAAUAAUAACUCUAGUAUGAGUUCUGUUUUUCUAGCAUCUCUUACUUCACUUUUAAACCAAUCUUCACCUCGAAGUUUCAAGUUUUCAAUUCCUCACAAAUUCAUCUUUUUUUUCUCCUACUAGUCACCUCAACUGAAUCAAUAGUUUAAAUGUUUGUGACAAAUUAUUGAUUUUUUUUUUUUUUUGGUUGAAUUUGGGAACUGUUUUUGUUUUGUGGCAUGUGCAUUUAUUGGCAAUGGUUGCCAUCAUCGGAUUAUGGUAGUCAAAUGGUUUCAUUCCAUCGUCGUAAUUAUGAGCUUUUAGCUAAUAAAUUUCUACAUCAAUAAUCUUAUAUUCUCAUGUAAUCUUAAAUUAGUCGUAAUUAUGAGUGUAAAAAAGCAGGUCAUGUUCUUGCUCAAGGUAAUUUAGUUUGCUUGAGUCCAUCUUCAAAAUUUAAUUCUUGCGUUAUUGUUGAAGUAUAUGUUCACUACUUUCUUAAACAGCUUGUUUUGUGCUUCCUUAAUUCUUCAGUUUAGUGCAUCAUUUGUUUUUUUGUUCAACUUGUUUGUUUGCUUAUGUGAUUCUCAUGCUUAGUGCAUUGCUUGCUUUUGUGCUUUCUUGAUUCUUCAGUCUAGUGCAUUAUUUGAUUAUUUUUUUUGCUCAACUUGUUUGUUUGCUUAUUUAAUUAUUCUGUUUAGUGCAUUGAUUUUUCUGUGCUUCUUUGAUUGCUCAAAUGAGCGCAUUGCUUGCUUUUGUGCCUUCUUGAGUCUUCUGUUUAGUGCAUUAUUUGUUUAUAUUUGCUUAGUUGAUUCUUUUGUGCCUUCUUGAGUCUUCUCUAACAUGAUUAUUCAAUAGUAUAUACUAUAGUUUUAGUAAUUUAUUGUGACAUAACAUUCUUCUCUUGGUUCAGAUUCCGACAUUUACUUACUUACUCCGUCGCACUAACAUAAUUAUUUUCAAUAAGAUUUGCAUAUAUAUAUUUCACAUUUAAUUUUUAAUACUUUAUUGGAUUUAUAUAUUUACCUUUGUUUUGUUCAUUUCGACUACGAAAAUAAUUUAAGCAGCUGAGAGUGAAAAGAAUUUGUGGGAUAAAUUUGUAAUAUGUUGAUGUAUGUAAAAACUAGUACUAUUGUAUUAACUUAUGAGUAGGUUUUUGGAUUUAAAGAAUAUUCCUCAUGGAUACCUUUUAAUAUUCUCCCUAAAAGACUUGUUAAUCUUCUCGACUUUUCCCCAUCGUAAAGCUCCGCUCUCUUCGUUUCCGUUUUUGGCACUCUACAAUAUACCCCAUCACCAUGACGUUGGAGAGCUACGCCGGAGAUGUUCACACCGUACCACAGUCGGAGAACUCGACGGAGGAUAGAGGCGGCGGCGGCGGCGAGCUUUUCGUGCCACCUCUCAACUUCGCUAUGGUCGAUAAUGGAAUUUUCCGUUCUGGUUUCCCUGAACCCGUCAGUUUCAGCUUUCUCCAGUCUCUUCGCCUCCGAUCCAUCAUAUAUUUGUGCCCUGAGGCAUACCCAGAGGUGAACAUAGAAUUCGCAAAAUCAAAUGGGAUCCAAGUCUUUCAAUUUGGAAUUGAAAGAUGCAAGGAACCCUUUGUUAAUAUCCCUGACGAGGUAAUCCGAGAAGCAUUACAAGUACUUCUAGAUACCGAGAAUCAUCCUGUGUUAAUUCAUUGCAAAAGUGGGAAGCAUCGGACAGGGUGUCUAGUAGGUUGUGUGAGGAAGAUUCAGAGAUGGUGUUUGUCUUCCAUCUUCGAUGAGUACCAGAGAUUCGCAGCUGCCAAAGCUAGGAUAUCAGACCAGAGGUUCAUGGAACUCUUUGACAUCUCCAAUCUAAAGCAUUCACCACUCUCCUUCUCUUGUUCCAAGAGGCAUACUCACAUUGAUUACUGACAACUUUACUUGUUGAAAUGCCAUUAAGAAAAAUUUAAGUAGUUCUUUGAGUAGUUAGAUGAAAAGUAAAGACUUUCCAUCAUUCAAUAAAUACAUAAUAAAAUCCCUUUUAAUCCAAAUUAUAUAAAUAAAAAUGAUACGGGUUUUCUCCUUUUCAA